CGGGCGCAAUUGACACCACCGCCACUGCCACGUGGUUGGCCCUUGGUCGCUUGACGCGCCACGUGUCAACGGGGUCACGACUCUUGGCUGGGUUUGGCCGCGAUGGCGUCGGUAAAUGUUUGCUGCCGCCGACGUCGUCCGCGUUUCGACCGGGGGUGUCGAGCACGGGCAGGUCAAUUGCUCGCGCGACUUCGAACGGAACGGAUGUGCGUGGUGCCGUCGGAUUACCGGAAGUGAAAAUCGUGGAUAGGGUGCGCUCGGCAGGUGUCUGAUUGGGAACGGGUGUUGUGUGUAGUGUGUUGAGGGAUGAUCAGUGACUGAUCGGGGGAGUGCAGUUUUGGAAAGUGUCAACAUUAUACAAUAUUUAACAGCCAUGGUCGAGCCGACGCUGAAGCUGUCCUCGGGCCAGGGCGCCCUCUGCAAGGUGUGCGGUGACCGGGCGUCGGGCAAACACUACGGCGUCCCGUCCUGCGACGGCUGCCGGGGGUUCUUCAAGCGAAGCAUCAGAAGGUACAACUUGAAUUUGGAGUACGUUUGCAAAGAGGGUGGAAAAUGCAUCGUCGAUGUGUCCCGACGGAACCAGUGCCAGGCAUGCCGGUUCGCCAAAUGUAUCCAGGCCAACAUGCGACGGGAAGCUGUUCAGCAUGAGCGCGCCCCUCGCAACUGCGCCCCACUCUCCGUCAUCAACGGGCUCAACCCGUCCGAUUUCUACGCUUCCCGGUCGUUCCCGAUGCCACAAACGAAUCUGUUCUUUCCUCUUCCGCUACACAUCACGACGGGCUCCGGCUCCGCUUCGGCCUUCACCCCGCUAGAUCCGGCCCGAUUCAUGCCAAAUUACGGCGUCUUUGACCACUUCCCGCCGACGGUCCCGUUCGGCGGCGUGACGCCAACCUUGCCACCGCUCAAACCAACCUUGGUGGACAAAUCCCUGUCGGAGUCGAUCUUCAACAAAAUCGCCGGCGACACCACACCGCCACAUCCACCGUCGGCUGGCGGAACCGGAACCGGCCACUCGAUCAACUCCAUCCUGAACUUUAGCGCCACGGCGACGGCGGCGGCGGCAGCGGUCGCUGCCAAAGAGAACGAAGUGAGCAGCUCCGAGGACCCGCGACCCUCGACGACGGUCUCCGGCAGUGAGGAAAGGGCGGUGGUCAGUGAAGUCAAGACCGAAACGGAGAUGCUGUUUGAGACGGCCGCCAAGCUGCUGUUUCUGGCGGUCAAGUGGGCCAAAUCGGUGCCGUCGUUUCUGCAGUUGCCAACCACCGACCAGAAGAUUCUGCUGGAGGAGUCCUGGGCGGAACUGUUUGUCAUUACGGCGGCCCAGUGGGGCCUGCCGAUAGAUUGUGAUUUCAUUGCCCGCAACCCAUCUGCCAAAAAGCUGCACGCCAUCAUCCAGCAGUUUACGCUGGCCCGCGUUGACUACCGCGAGGCGGCCUGUCUAAAAGCGCUCAUCCUGUUCCGCUCGGACCACGCCAGCCUCUUCUCGGGCCACGAGAUCCUCCUCCUGCAAGACCAAACCAUCAGUCUGCUACACGAAAAGUGCGGCGGCGUUCGGCUGGGCCAUCUACUUCUACUUCUGCCCGGAAUCAAAGCGGCCGCCAACGGGAAAGUCUUACAAGAAAUGCUGUUCCGAAAAACCAUCGGCGAAGUGGCCAUCGAGCGAUUGCUGGUGGAUCUGAUGAAGACCUAAGCGGAGCAUCAACAUUCGCCAAAGGGAUCGUUCGGAAUAGGUUCACACUACUGUCUAGUCGUAUGUUUUAUGUGAUUCAACAAUAAAGAUCUAUUAUGGUAUCAAUGUAUAGCAAUAAACACAACAUUCCACGCCAAUACUCACCCUAA